UGUGCGGUGCGUCUCCCUCCGCCGUUGAGCUUCGCCCUCCGCGCAUCGAACCUCCUCCGACUGCAGAUGUUCGUCGACUUUCGGUUAAACUUCCUUCAGGUUCUUUGUCGGCAGCGAGUUUCGUUUUUUUUCCCCCCCAGUUUGAAAUCAACUCGACUCACGAAAACCAGCAUGUGAAAUAUGAAAACCGGGCAGCCAUCCGCGGAAUGACGAGCUUCAGGAAGUAGUGUGGUCGUCCUCGUUUUUCCUCUGUCAACGUAUUCAAGUGCUGCUUUUGCAGAUCCGUGUCCUCCGCUUUCUCUCAGGCCCGGCGAUCGUCGCCAUGGCUCGCGGCUGCGUCUGCUGCGUCAAGUACAUGCUCUUCCUCUUCAACCUGCUCUUUUGGCUGGGCGGGUGCGGCCUGCUGGGCGUGGGCGUGUGGCUGUCGGUGUCGCAGGGCGACUUCGCCGCGCUCUCGCCGUCCUUCCCGUCGCUGUCGGCCGCCAACCUCAUCGUCACGCUGGGCACCGUCGUCAUGGUGACGGGCUUCCUCGGGUGCUUGGGCGCCAUCAAGGAGAACAAGUGCCUCCUGCUCAGCUUUUUCAUCGUCCUGUUGAUCAUCUUGCUCGCCGAGCUCAUCCUCCUCAUCCUCUUCUUCGUCUACACCGACAAGGUGGGGGAGAACGCCAGACGCGACCUGAAAGACGGGCUGGUCUUGUACAACACGGACAACAACGCCGGCCUGAGGGACGCCUGGAACGCCAUCCAGGUGGAGGGACGCUGCUGCGGCGUGACCGGUUCCGGCGACUGGCACGCGGCGCUGCAGCUCAACGGCGUUCCCGACAGCUGCUGUCAGCUCGUCCGUUCGGGAUGCGGGCGCAACGCUUCCAACGCCUUGUGGACGCGGGGCUGCUACGAGAAGGUUGAGGAAUGGCUGGACGACAACAAGCACCUGCUGGGCACCGUCGCCAUGUGCGUGCUGGUCAUCCAGCUCCUCGGCAUGGCCUUCUCCAUGACGCUGUACCAGCAGAUCCACCGCGCCGGGAAGAAGUACCAAGCCUGAGCCUCCGCGUUCUACCGUCGCCGAGACAGUGUAUAUGCGCCUCCAUAUUUUUCAAACGUACGUUACACAUUUUUGUAUGCAAUAGCACGACAUUCAUUUAUUCACGAGUAAUCACUUUGGUACCAAAAGUAUUUCUUACAAGUGUCCUGACAUGUUCAAUAAAAGCACACAAUCUAUGCCGUA